CGUCACUUUGCCGGAAGUGAUUUUCGGUAGUGUGUGUUUCGUUUGAAAGCUUGGGUAAUUAUCUGCCACUGUAACACACACAUAUUAAAGAGUUAAAGGAGGUGUGUAAUAUAGUUAAUAGCUAAUUAUUUAAAGCGUCAUGGAUGAUGAAGAGGAGACCUACCGCUUGUGGAAAAUCCGGAAGACGAUAAUGCAGCUCUGCCACGAUCGGGGAUACUUGGUGACGCAGGACGAGUUGGAUCAGACGCUGGACGAGUUUAAAAGUCAGUUCGGGGACAAGCCGAGCGAGGGCCGUCCUCGGAGGACGGAUCUCACGGUGCUCGUGGCUCACAACGACGAUCCCACUGACCAGAUGUUUGUCUUCUUCCCAGAGGAGCCCAAGGUGGGAAUUAAAACCAUCAAGAUGUACUGCCAGCGCAUGCAGGAGGAGAACAUCACCCGCGCCAUUAUUGUGGUCCAGAUGGGCAUGACACCUUCUGCAAAACAGUCGCUGGUGGACAUGGCACCGAAGUACAUCCUGGAGCAGUUUCUGCAGCAAGAGCUGCUCAUCAACAUCACAGAACACGAGCUGGUCCCUGAGCACAUCGUGAUGACCAAGGAAGAAGUGACAGAGCUGCUAGCGAGAUAUAAGCUGAAGGAGAGCCAGUUACCCAGGAUUCAGGCCGGAGACCCGGUGGCUCGAUAUUUCGGGCUGAAAAGAGGCCAGGUGGUGAAAAUCAUCCGGCCGAGUGAGACCGCAGGCCGUUAUAUAACCUACAGACUUGUACAGUGAAGCUGCUGUGGUGAGGUUAUCUAUUAGGAUCUGCUAUUCUUCGAGCUGGAGAUGAUAAGGCGUGAUUUGUGACCUUUAACCUCAGUUACAGCGUGUACAACUCCGUAACUUUCUUCUCGGUAACAGUUUGAACAGCUACACAUUUCUAGUUGGAACAGAAGACGUGUUUGGACAGUUGUAUAUUCGUUUCAUUUAAAACCAAGUUGUAGUUUUGCUGAAUUGCUGAAUGAAUCUUUUUUUUUUUUUUGUAAUAAAGUGUCUUGAACUUUC